UGGGUUGACAGGUGCGUGACAAUCGGAGCUCUCUGCAAGCAUGUACGCCAAAGGCAAGAGUAGCAACGUGCCGUCCGACAGCCAAGCCAGAGAAAAGUUAGCUCUUUAUGUGUACGAGUACCUGCUGCAUGUAGGAGCCCAGAAGUCAGCACAGACCUUCCUUUCAGAGAUCCGAUGGGAGAAAAACAUCACAUUAGGAGAACCUCCGGGGUUCCUCCACUCAUGGUGGUGUGUUUUCUGGGACCUGUACUGCGCAGCUCCAGAGAGAAGAGAUACAUGUGAACACUCCAGCGAGGCCAAGGCCUUCCAUGACUAUAGUGCUGCAGCAGCUCCCAGUCCUGUUCUUGGGAACCUUCCCCCAGGAGAUGGCAUGCCAGUGGGACCAGUUCCUCCAGGAUUCUUUCAGCCAUUCAUGUCACCUCGGUACCCCGGAGGACCAAGACCCCCCCUCAGAUUACCCAAUCAGGGACUUGGAGGAGUCCCGGGUGGUCAGCCUAUGUUACCCAGUGGGAUGGACCCCACAAGACAGCAAGGACAUCCAAAUAUGGGAGGACCGAUGCAGCGGAUGACUCCACCCAGAGGCAUGGUACCACUCGGCCCCCAGAGCUAUGUAGGAGGGAUGAGACCGCCUCUGAAUGCACUUGUGGGACCUGGGAUGCCUGGCAUGAACAUGGGACCUGGUGGGGGUAGACCAUGGCCAAAUCCUCCAAAUUCCAAUUCAACACCGUACUCUUCUGCAUCUCCAGGAAGUUAUGUGGGACCUCCAGGAGGAGGGGGGCCACCAGGGACGCCAAUAAUGCCAAGUCCAGCAGACUCAACCAAUUCUGGCGACAACAUGUACACUAUGAUAAACACAGUCCCUCCAACUGGAAGCCGACCAAAUUUCCCAAUGGGUGCAGGUGGCGAUGGUCCAUUAAGUGGGAUGGCUGGAAUGGAGCCUCAUCACAUGAAUGGAUCAUUAGGGUCAGGUGAUUUGGACAGUCUGCCCAAGAACUCACCUGGUAACCUCAGUAUGAGUAACCAGCCCGGGACCCCCAGAGAGGAUGGAGAGAUGGGAGGAAACUUCCUGAAUCCUUUUCAGAAUGAAAGUUAUUCUCCGAAUAUGACGAUGAGCGUGUGAAGGCUUGGGAAGCAGAAUUGGUCAGUUUCUCAAUAAUAUGGUGUGGACCCCUGCAAAGCAGAGAGACUGGAUGUGAUGUCACCAAGACCAGUGACACUUACUCCGCCACCUUCCGAGUCAGGACAGUUUUACCCCAGGCCCUGUCCUUCUACAACCACCCUAACUGCCCCUCUGUUGUUUCUGUCUACGUCUCCUCUUCCCCGUUUUUUCUCCCCUCCUACAUGGUGACUCUGCGACAUUCAUCAGUUCUUCCUCUGCAACUAUAUGACUGUACAAAGGAACCAAAUUGAAACUACCCAGAGGAAAACUCUUUGUAUAUUUCCAUACAGUGUGUUUGAGACACACACUCCAGUCACAGACUGAUGUCUCUGCCUUCUGCGUCAUAUCAUGGAGUUCAUGCCCAAAACAAAAGGCCAGAAUCCUAUUUAUCCUAAAGUUAAAUUUCCCAAGGACCUAUAGAGAUAUAGACUUUUUUGAUCUAUGAAUAAUGUCAUCAAACUGGCUGUUAAGUGGAGCAUCUCUUUUUUUUUUUAAACUGACCAAAAACUUUGUUCAUUACUGGAAGGUUCAGAGCGAAGUCACAAUCAUGUUACCCUGAGGUUUAUUUAAGGCUUGUGCAGAUAUUUGUAGUUGUGUAAGUUGAAGCCUUUUUUCAAUUUUGAUGGUUGUUUAAAUCUAGCAUUAACAUUGUCUUUACCUAUGAUGUAUGUUUUGAAGGCCUGAUGAGGCGAAUAGAGGGCACAUCAAAACUCUGUUCAGAUUUGAAUUAUGAUUUACAGAGAUGCUUGAAGUACUUACCUGCAUUUUAAAUUAAAUAUAUAAAGGAAGACUAUGCAACUUUGUCUGGGCAGUCACCACUGAUGCUGCAUGUCAUAAUUGAAAGUUAAUUUUAAGUGAUUUAUUAUGCUCAAACAGCCACAAAAGAUGAGUAGAAGCAGUCAGUUUUGUAAGUGGCUCCAUAUUGUUAUAUCUGACUAAGGUUUCUAACAUUUGCUUUAAGUAAGUAACCAAAAGCUACUGGUCAUAUCAGACCAAGAAAGACUGCAGAAGCAAAACCCCUACAUAUAUCAUAUUCGAUGAGUUCAACUUUUUUGUUGAUAAGAGGAAGUAUGAUUUAAUUCUUUCAAAGGUAUGUAGUCUUGCUUGACACCGAUCAGUCUCCGUGCUCACUGAAUUUCAUAUGAAGAGAGCAGUAAGAAUGUCUUUAAGGAAGAAGGUUUUAAAAUCUGUAUUCAAUUAUAAACUUUCUCUGCUAUUCAAUUUUCUAGACUACCCCCCAGUAAGAGGGGCUUCUUUUUGGAGGGUUUUACACUCUGCUGACUGCACAAGCGUGGGAAACAGUUUCAGAUGAGGUGGACAAAAGCUUUUAAUUGUGACCUAACAAGCAAUGCCAAUGAAGUUUUGUUUACUGGGAUUUGUUUGCUGCCUGAGGCCCUGCUCUCAUCUCUACUUCUUCAAACCUCAAUCCACAUAAGUGUCAGUUUUUGGAGGGUAAACCGUCAGACACAAGCUUAUAAAGUCACUCUGGUCACUCAUUCUUUAUUGUCAUCCGGAUAAACUGUGAUCUCAGUGGGAUGUUAUAGGUCUGUGGAUACAGAAAGCUAAGCUUGUUUUGAAAUCAGUGUUUUAAACUUUGUUCACUGCCCAAGAUGUAUUAUUAUCACGUCCAAAAGAUCAAUAAUCCUGUGAACAUUCCCCCCCCCCCCCCUCUCUUACUGCAAAGUGUACAGCUCACAAAUGUAGCGCCUCUGUCUUGUGUGUGUAUUUGAUAAUAUUAUUAUUUAAAGAAAAACCUGCAGAGAAUUAUUGCAAAAGGGAGGGAUGGACUGAUGGUGCAUCACCAAAACUUAACUGAGAUAUUUUGUUUUUAUUUUUGUGUUAGAUCGAAGCCAUAAGUGGGAGUACAAGAAGACACAUUUGUAAAUUGGAUCAUGUUUUCUGUUUUGUGGCAGUAUACUGGACUCCAUUUGUGAUGUGUUCAUUUUCUCUUUUUUAUUCUUGUAUUAUGUUUUUGUAAAUACACAGAGAAGUAUUUCAUGGGUUUUGAAUAUGCUAGCAUAAAGCUUCUCUUCCCUUA